AUGCUGCUGCUGCUGCUGCUGCUGCUGCAGGCUCCGGGCAGCGUCCAGGGGAAGGGACACUGGUGUGAACAGACGCAGCAGCACCUGGAGGAAACCCUGCUGAGCCCGCGCCUGCAGCAGGAAGUGCGCUGCUCUCAGGUCUUUCAGUACAACAUGCAGGGCUGGCGGCUGGACGUGGAGCGAAUGAGAGCUCGCCACGGGGACGACGACGCCAUUGCGGCCUACUACCAGCAGCAAGGAGAGACGGCCACGUGUGCGCUCUACAAGGCGGCGCAGGUGCAGAAGCAGGAGGUGAACCGGACCCUGACCGCCUGCUGUGACGGCUGGAGUGGACCUCACUGCACACAAGCCGUAGGGGCCCGGGGCCAGUGCUUCUCCACCUGGAACUGUGAGGACCUCCCUGGGAUGUCCAACCUGUCCCUGGUGCAGAUGGAGCAGUGCUGUGAGCAGAGGUGGGCUCUGAGCUGGAGGAACAUGUCUGACCACACCUGCCUGUCCUGCAGCUACACCCUGCUCCCCGACUCCCAGAGAUCCUCAGGGGUCCGUGGGGGCCUCCUGACCAGCAUGAGGGCCCCACAGGGGUCUGCCACGUGUGUGUCCUGGGGAGGCAGCCACUAUCGCAGCUUCGACCGCAAACACUUCCACUUCCAGGGCGACUGCACCUACCUGCUGUCCUCCUCCACGGACGGGACCUGGGCUGUGUAUGUGAGCAGCAGCUGCGACGAGGCCCAGUGCUCUAAGUCUCUGAAGAUGAUGCUGGGUUUGGAUUUACUGACAGUUCACAGAGGAAACCUGACCCUCAACAGUGUCUCUGUAGCACAGGGACAACCUGUCUUUCAGAACGGUGUGAGUGUUCAGUGGGUCGGAGACUUCGUGCUGGUGGAGAGUGGCCUCGGAGUCCGGUUGAAGUUUGACCUUUCCAACACGGUCUAUCUGAGCGUGAGCAGCGACCAUCAAGGUUCCACCAGAGGCCUGUGUGGUCCCUACAACGACAACCCUGACGUCUCUGCUCCUGACCCUCUGCCACAGUCUAAACCUGCUCCUGACCCUCUGCCACAGUCUGCUCCUGACCCUCUGCCACAGUCUAAACCUGCUCCUGACCCUCUGCCACAGUCUAACCUGCUCCUGACCCUCUGCCACAGCCUAAACCUGCUCCUGACCCUCUGCCACAGUCUAACCUGCUCCUCUGCCACAUCUAAACCAGCUCCUGACCCUCUGCCACAGUCUGCUCCUGACCCUCUGCCACAGUCUAAACCUGCUCCUGACCCUCUGCCACAGUCUGCUCCUGACCCUCUGCCACAGUCUAAACCUGCUCCUGACCCUCUGCCACAGUCUAACCUGCUCCUGACCCUCUGCCACAGUCUAAACCUGCUCCUGACCCUCUGCCACAGUCUGCUCCUGACCCUCUGCCACAGUCUAAACCAGCUCCUGACCCUCUGCCACAGUCUGCUCCUGACCCUCUGCCACAGUCUAAACCUGCUCCUGACCCUCUGCCACAAUGACUUCAUGACCCUCAGUGGAAGUGUGUCUCAGUACGCUGCCAGCUUCGGGAACUCCUGGAGAGUCCUGGACCAACAGAACGAGGGCUGCAGUGAUGCGGCUGAGCUCGGUCACAGUUGUGCAGUUUCCAGAGACGCAGCUUUAAAGAAACACGCAGAGUCUGUUUGUCAUCGACUUCUACAGGAGCCAUUCUCCCACUGCCACUCCAGGGUGGAGCCGGCCGCCUACAUAGACACGUGUCUGUACUUGUUCUGCAGUCUGACAGCUCAACACAGAGACGCUGCAGUGUGUGACACUGUGGCCAGUUACACCAGAGAGUGUGCCCAGAAACAUGUGCUGCUGAGCUGGAGGACCGCCGCCUUCUGUGAGCGUGUGUGUCCCCGCGGGAUGCUGUUCUCAGAUUGUGUGUCCUCGUGUCCUGCCACGUGUGUGUCCCCGUCUGUUGGCCAGUGCAGGGAGGAGUGUGUGGGGGGGUGUGAGUGCCCCCCAGGACUGUUCCUCCACCGGGGGCAGUGUCUGCAGCGAGACCAGUGUCCGUGUUUCCACCGCAGACAGGUCUAUCCACCAGAGGGCAGCAUACAGCAGAGAUGCAACCGCUGCGUGUGCCGCGGGGGUCAGUGGCUCUGCUCCUCAGAGAAGUGUGCCGCUCAGUGCAGCCUCAUGGGGGCGCUGCACGUCUCCACCUUCGACAACAAGAGAUACUCUCUGCAAGGAACUGACUGUACUUUUACUGCUGUAGAGGACUUUGUGGACCGGAAGCUCUCAGUGAGUGUGCGGACUGAAGAAUGUGGAAGGGGGCGGGGCUGUCUGACCGAGCUGUCAAUCACAGCUCUGCACACCACUGUCUCCAUCAGUCGCUCAGGGACCAUCACUCUGAAUGGGCAGAGACGACUGCUGCCACUGGAGACUGGGGACCUGGUGGUGCUUAGGGCCUCCUCCUCUUUUGUCCUGGUCCAGACCUUUGGGGCCCAACUGCUGUGGCACCUGGAGGGGCCCCUGGCUCUCAUCACUCUGCAGCCAGGCUUUGCUCACAAGCGGGAGGAACAAAAAGUGAGGUCUGUGGUGGCGCCCCCUCCUGUUCAUGACCUGUACUGCUGUGUUCUUAGAGUGAGGUCUGUGGUGGCGCCCCCUCCUGUUCAUGACCUGUACUGCUGUGUUCAUAGAGUGAGGUCUGUGGUGGCGCCCCCUCCUGUUCAUGACCUGUACUGCUGUGUUCUUAGAGUGCGGGGCCUGUGUGGCACUCUUACCUGGACUCAGGAGGAUGACUUCCUCACUGCAGACGGGGACGUGGAGAGCAGCGUCUCCUCUUUCGCUGAGAAGUUCAGCACAGGACAGUGUAGGGGCCCCACAGCGGGGGCCCUGGACCCCUGCACCACCUACAGCCAAAGGAGACAGUACGCAGAGGCCAUGUGCUCAGUCAUACACAGUGUGUCCUUCAAGCACUGCCAUGAUGCGGUGGAGAGGGAGUGGUACUACCGCCUGUGUCUGUGGGAGGUGUGCAGCUGUGGCCCCUCUGAGUCCUGUCACUGUCCUGUACUGACGGCCUACAGCCAGCACUGUGCCCAGGAAGGGGCACCAGUGAGCUGGAGGAAUCACACCUUCUGUCCCGUGGCCUGUUCCGGGGGGCAGUUGUACCAGGAGUGUGGUCCUCCUUGUGGCUCCUCCUGCUCAGACCUCCACAGAGGCUGGAGCUGUGACAGAGACGGGACACCGUCACCCACAGUGUGUGUCCCGGGAUGCCAGUGCCCCCCCGGCCUCCUGCGGGGCCCCCAGGGUCAGUGUGUGCCCCCCAACAUGUGCCCCUGUGUGCAAGGGAACAAGAGCUACCCCCCAGGAGCACGCAUCAAAAACAACUGCAACAGCUGUGUGUGCCAGCAGGGGGCGCUGAACUGCUCCCAGGAGGUGUGUGAGGAGGUGAGCCGCUGUCCUGGGGCCCUGGUCUACGCCCCUCGCUCCUGUCUCCUCACCUGCUCCAGUCUGGACGUCCCACCAGGAGCCUGCAGAGAGGCCCUGUCCGGGUGUGUGUGCCCCCAGGGGACCGUGCUGCUGGGUGACCAGUGCGUGCCCCCAGACCAGUGUCCGUGUCACCACAACGGACGACUGUACCAGAGCAACGACACCAUCAGGAAGGACUGCAACACAUGGUACAGACUCAGGAUCAAAGGGACACUGUUCAAGUCUAUUGAAGACUAUCAAAGCUACAGUUUAUGCCUGUCGUCUCUGACCCUCACCCAGAUCUAUACAGAACCCUCACUGACCCUCACCCUCACAGACCCUCACAGACCCUCACUGACCCUCACCCUCACUGACCCUCACCCUCACAGACCCUCACUGACCCUCACCCUCACUGACCCUCACCCUCACAGACCCUCACUGACCCUCACCCUCACUGACCCUCACCCUCACAGACCCUCACAGACCCUCACCCUCACUGACCCUCACCCUCACAGACCCUCACUGACCCUCACCCUCACUGACCCUCACCCUCACAGACCCUCACUGACCCUCACCCUCACAGACCCUCACAGACCCUCACCCUCACUGACCCUCACCCUCACAGACCCUCACAGACCCUCACCCUCACAGACCCUCACAGACCCUCACCCUCACAGACCCUCACUGACCCUCACCCUCACAGACCCUCACAGACCCUCACCCUCACUGACCCUCACCCUCACAGACCCUCACAGACCCUCACCCUCACUGACCCUCACCCUCACAGACCCUCACAGACCCUCACCCUCACUGACCCUGUUAAGGAAGUUUCUACCCAAUGAAGGAGAAAACUCAAAGACCCUCACCCUCACAGACCCCUCACCCUCACAGACCCCUCACCCUCACAGACCCUCACCCUCACAGACCCUCACCCUCACAGACCCUCACAGACCCUCACCCUCACUGACCCUCACAGACCCUCACCCUCACAGACCCUCACAGACCCUCACCCUCACAGACCCUCACCCUCACAGACCCUCACAGACCCUCACCCUCACUGACCCUCACCCUCACAGACCCUCACAGACCCUCACCCUCACAGACCCUCACCCUCACAGACCCUCACCCUCACUGACCCUCACCCUCACAGACCCUCACAGACCCUCACCCUCACAGACCCUCACCCUCACAGACCCUCACCCUCACAGACCCUCACCCUCACAGACCCUCACUGACCCUGACCCUCACAGACCCUCACCCUCACAGACCCUCACUGACCCUGACCCUCACAGACCCUCACCCUCACAGACCCUCUCUGACCCUCUUCCUCCUCCUCCCCCAGCGUACCCUCACUACGUGACGUUUGACGGCCGCAGCUACAGCUUCCUCGGCGACUGUCAGUACGUCCUGGUGUCAGAGCGCAGCGGCGCCUUCAGGGUCACGGCCGAGAACGUUCCCUGCGGCAGCUCCGGGGUCACCUGCACCAAGUCCGUCACCCUCAGCUUGGGAAACACUGUCAUACACCUGUUAAGAGGCAAAGCGGUGACUGUGAACGGGAUGCCGGUGACUCUUCCAAAGUGGUACAGUGGCAGUGGUCUGAGUCUGGAGCAGAUGGGUCUGUACGUGUCCCUGUCCUCCCACCAGGGGGUCACUCUGCUCUGGGACGGAGGGAUGCGGGUGUACGUCCGUCUGGCCCCUCGCCUCAGGGGCCGAGUCGCAGGUCUCUGUGGGAACUUUGACGGAGACACAGAGAACGAUUUCACCACACGACAGGGCAUCGUGGAGUCCACCCCCGAGCUGUUCGGAAACUCCUGGAAAGUCAGCGCCUCCUGUCCAGACGUGGCCGACCAGGACCUCAGGGACCCGUGUAAACUGAACCCUCACAGAACCACGUGGGCCCGGAAGCGCUGCUCGGUGCUGACCCAGGACCUGUUCUCCGGCUGCCACGCCGAGGUGCCCUUUCAGCAGUACUACGACUGGUGUGUGUUCGACGCCUGUGGCUGUGACUCCGGAGGCGACUGUGAGUGUCUGUGCACGGCCCUCGCUGCUUACGCCGAGGAGUGCAACCGCCGGGGGGUCUACAUCCGCUGGAGGUCCCAGGACAUCUGCCCGCUGCAGUGUGAGAAUGGGCUGGUGUAUGAGCCCUGUGGUCCCGCCUGUACCCCGUCCUGUCCCUCUGCCCCUCACCACCAUCUGUCCCAGUGCAGUGUCCUGUCCUGUGUGGAGGGCUGCUUCUGCCCCAAGGGGACGGUGCGCCACGGAGACAGCUGCCUGUCCCCAGCAGAAUGUCCCUGUGAGUGGGACGGCUCCAUGUUUCCUCCUGGGGCAGUCACCGGGCAGCACUGUCAGAACUGCACCUGUGAGGACGGGGUGUGGCGCUGUGUGGGCGUGGCCUGCCCCUCCCCCCUCCCCUCCUGUGAACCUGGGGAGUUCAGCUGUGCCUCUGGGGGGCGCUGUAUCCCUGCACAUUGGCUCUGUGACAACGAGGACGACUGUGGAGACGGCUCCGACGAGGUCUGCCCCUCCACCUGUGGCCCAGGACACUUCCACUGCUCCAGCACCAGUGGUCCCUGUUUGGACGAGGCUCUCCGCUGCGACGGCUACGCAGACUGCAUCGACCAAUCAGACGAGGAGUUCUGUGGCCCAGCCACGCCCCUCCCCCUCUGCCCCCCCGGGGAGUUCAAGUGCGACAGCGGGAAGUGCCUCUCGACCAGCCGCGUCUGUGACGGGCGUCUGGACUGUGGCUUUGCUGACGGCUCCGACGAACAAGACUGUGGUGUGGUGUGUAAGGAGGGGGAGUUCCUGUGCGCUGGAGGCCGCUGUAUCCUCUACCUCCAUCGCUGUGACGGACACGACGACUGUGGAGACCUGAGCGACGAGAGGGGGUGUGUGUGUUCCUCAGGACAGUUCCAGUGUCCUGGAGACCAGUGUGUCCCCGCAGAGCGAGUGUGUGAUGGACAGAAGGACUGUCCAAUGGGGACGGACGAAGCCGUCUGCUCCAGGACAGUGACCUGUGCUCCAGGACAGUUUGUCUGCUCAGACGGAUCCUGUAUUCUCUCUGUUCGAGUUUGUGACGGGACAGCGGACUGUCCCAGGGCAGAGGACGAGCGACCUGUCAACUGUCCCGCCCUGACCUCAGCCCCGCCCACUUCUCCAACAUCAGCCUGCAGGGCCUACGAGUUCCCCUGUGUGGGAGGGGGGCAGUGUGUGCCCCAGGCCUGGCGCUGCGAUGGGCAGACAGACUGUGUGGACGGCAGUGACGAGCAGAGCUGCACCACUCCGUGUGGCCCCGGCCAUCUGCCCUGUGAGAGCAGAGACCAGUGUGUACCCCACCAGCAGCUGUGUGACGGGACCCCCCACUGCAGGGACGCCUCCGACGAGAGCAUCGACAACUGUGGGUCGACGGUCAUCCCUCCGUGUCGCGGGAGCUUCUCCUGUGACAGUUGGACCUGUGUGAACAUGACGCAGGUUUGUGACGGGGUCCGGGACUGUCCCCACGGAGACGAUGAAUUGGUGUGUGAUAAAACAGUACCAGAAACACCGAACCAGAACCGAACCAAACAGUGUCCAGAGUUCACCUGCUCAAAUGGCUCCUGUGUCCCCCUCAGUGUGGUGUGUAAUGGAGUGGCAGACUGUCCGGAUGCUCCCACACCAGCAGCUGAUGAAGAGGCCUGUAGACAGUGGGGCCCCUGGGGGCCGUGGAGCACCUGCAGUGUGUCCUGUGGCUCAGGCUCCAUGAGGAGGCAGCGCUCCUGUCCUUCUGGGGACCUGCUGUACGAGUGCAGGGGCCAGAGUCUCCAGAGACAGCAGUGUUUCAACACCAGCUGUCCAGUGGAUGGCAGGUGGUUGCCGUGGGCAACCUGGUCCAACUGCUCCGGUGGUUGUGGGGGGGUGAAGGUGCGACGCAGAGGCUGCAGCCCCCCCUUCAGUGGAGGCAGAGACUGUCCCCAGCUGCCGGGCUCCUCCCCCUCGUCUACGGAAAUCACGCCGUGCCCCGGAGAGGCCUGCUCCAACAGCAGCUGCCCCGAAGGCCUAGUCAGACACAGCUGUGCGACCUGCCCCUUGACCUGCACCCAUGUCAGCCGUGGGACGUCCUGUGAGCCGUCUGCCCCCUGUUUCUCUGGCUGCUGGUGUCCGGAGGGGCGGGUCAUGAGCCACACCCAGCAGUGCGUCCGGCCAGAGGAGUGUGAGUGCGAGGAGGCUGGCGAGCUCUACCGCCCCGGCCAGACCAUUAAGAGGAGUUGUGAACUGUGUGUGUGUGAGAGAGGCCGAGUCCAGAGCUGCGAGCCCAACCCCAACUGCACUUUGGACUGUGGCUGGUCUUCCUGGUCCCAGUGGGGGGAGUGUCUGGGACCAUGUGGCGUCCAGAGCGUCCAGUGGUCCUUCCGCAGCCCAAACAGCCCCUCUGUGCAGGGGGAGGGGCGGGUCUGUCGGGGCAUCUACCGGAAGGCACGCAGGUGCCAGACGGAGCAGUGUCUGCAGUGUGAGCACCGGGGUCAGACUCACCCGGUGGGGGAGCGCUGGGGGGAGGAGCCAUGUCAGCUGUGUCGCUGCUCCAACAGUCUGCAGGUGCUCUGUGGCCCCUACUGUCAGUAUGAGGCCUCAAGCUGUCCUCAGGGUCAGAGCUUGGUUCCUGGAGACGGCGACAGAUGCUGUUUCUGUGAAGGCGGAAAUGGAACUUUUUCAUUCACCGUCAGUCCCAGGGUCACCCCCAACCCAGGCCUCGUUCCUGUGAUCCCCACUUACCCACUUCCACCCGGAGAUCAGUGCUGGUCUCCUCUGGGGGUCCCCUCUCUCCCGGCCUCCAGCUUCAGUGCGUCCUCUCAGAUGGCAGGUCACCCCCCUGAGGCAGCCCGGCUCCACGCCUGGGACCCCCACACCGACCUCCAGGGCUGGAGUCCAGAGCCUCAAGAUUAUGGGGACCUCCCUCAGCGUCGUCCUGAGGCUCUUGGCAGCGGAGCAGCGAGUCCACACUUACAGAUUGACCUCCUGCAGCCGCACAACAUCACAGGUCUGCUGACCCAGGGAGGAGGUGUGUAUGACACAUACGUGUCCAGCUUCUCUCUUCAGUUCAGCCUCAACGGAAACAUGUGGAACACGUUCAAGGAGAUGGUCACUGACGCUCGGCCCAAAGUCAAGGUGUUUAUGGGUAACCGUGACGACCGCAGUGUGGCCGUGACCAGGCUGGACAGAAUGGUGUCUGCGAGGUUUGUCCGCCUGGUGCCUUACGACUUCCAACACAGCAUCUACCUGCGGCUGGAGCUGCUGGGCUGUGCAGACAGUACAUUCCACUCGGUCACCACCCCUGGGCCCUCCCCCAUCAGCCCCAGCGGGGGGUGUGGUGAGGGACAGUUCCAGUGUCAGAAUGGACGCUGUGUAUCCGCCGGUCCACAGGGGGCGCUGUGUGAUGGGGUCAACGACUGUGGAGAUGGAUCUGAUGAGAGGCUCUGUGCUUUCCUGCACUGA